AUGCCCGGCUCGGUUCGUGUCGUGGAGGCCUUGACCAGUCAGUCGACCAACGAGGCAUCCACCGAAGGCGUAGCCGCAGCGUCGGCUCCGAUCGAGGUUGACGGUGGGAUCAGCGACGAUGCCUCCACCAUGGAUGAUCGCAUGUCUUCAUACACAGCCUCCCUGUCAUCAUCGGUGGUAGACUUUCCGACCGAAUAUGGUCGGACUUAUCACGCAUUUCGAGCUGGCUCCUACAACUUUCCCAAUGACGAAAGAGAAUCCGACAGGCUUGAUUUAACUCACACUGUGAUGGUCAAGACCAUCGGCAACAAGCUCUUUCUGGCACCUAUCGAUGAAGCGGAAACGCACCAUAUACUUGACAUAGGCACUGGAACCGGUAUCUGGGCAAUUGAGAUGGGGGACUUUUUUCCCAGCGCAGAGAUAAUCGGCAUUGACUUGAGUCCUAUUCAGCCGUCUUGGGUGCCUCCUAAUGUCAAGUUCGAGGUCGACGAUGUAGAAAGCCCUUGGGUAGGGAACAGGAAAUACAAUUUCAUUUUCAGCCGCUACAUGGCUGGAUCCAUCGCAGACUGGCAACUCUACAUUAGUCGAAUCUUGGAGAACCUAAUCCCUGGUGGAUGGGCCGAGUUCCAAGACUGGAGCUUGAUGCUCGACUCGGACGACGGCACCCUCAACAAUACCAAGACGCACCGGUGGGCCACCCUGUUCAUGGAAGCCUGCGCGAAUCUCGGCCGAGACGCGGCGCCAGGACCGAAGUUGGAGGCAUGGGUGAAGGAACAUGGCUUCCAAAACGUGCAACAUCGACACUACAAGAUUCCCAUCGGGCCUUGGGCAAAGGAUCCGACGCUGAAGGACAUUGGGAUGUGUAAUCUCAUCCAGAUGCUGGAAGGACUCGACGCUUUCACCCUAAAGUUAUUCUGUACCGCGCUGGACUGGACUAGGGAGGAGGCACUCGUGCUGCUGUCGCAGGUCCGUCAGGAAAUGAAAGCUUGCAAGUCUCACGUCUACUUGCACUUCCACGUUGUCUACGGACAGAAGCUCGAUUAA